AUGGAAAAUGUCACUCAAAGUGGUAAAAUUGAAGCAAAUUCGACUUAUAGCACUCCAAUACGUUCACGUCAAGUAGGCAUUUCGGAAACAACCCCAAAGAAAAAAAAGCCUGUAAAUAAAGACUUGCCCGUACCUCCAGAUCGAACUCCAACUUCUGCAUUACGAAGAGGAAUACUCAAGCCAAUUUCAAACGUAUCAAGUAAUAAAACUCCGUCUAAUAUACCUUCAGUUACCUUUAAUGAGCCGAAGUCACAAAAACGCGAUCAAAACUCGGGAUUGAUUAAAGCAUAUUUACGAAUUAGACCCAUAAAUUCGGAAAAUGUAAUAAAACCUUAUAUUCAAAUUAUAAACGACACGGAAGUUGUAAUGAUUCCUCCAAAGGAUUCUCAUGCCUUUAAAACAUGCAAUAAAGGCCCAGAAAAAUAUAUGUUUACAAAAGUUUUUGAUGAAAGAACAUCACAAAAACGUUUUUUUUUGGAAACGACGCUCCCGCUAGUAAAAGGUGUACUAGAUGGAACCAAUGGAUUAGUGUUCGCUUAUGGUGUAACAAAUAGCGGUAAAACAUAUUCAAUUCAAGGUACUCGAAAUGAAGAAGGUAUAUUACCUCGAACAUUAGAUACAAUUUUUAAUAGUAUCAAAAACUUAGAAAAAAAUUACAAUGGAAACGAAACUAUUGUUCCUCCAAUUAUUAUAUCAAAAUCGCAUAUGGAGAAUCCAUUUAUUUUAUCGGAUUCGAACUCAUCGUCAAACAAGAGUAACAGUGCCGAGAUAGAAGACUCUGAUGCUCUUGAUCUAAAGCAAAAGCUUGAUAACAUAGCUGUAGAUGUCGAUAAACAAUUUAGGUAUGCAGUGUGGGUUUCGUACGUCGAAAUUUAUAACGAAAAAAUAUACGAUCUUUUGGAAGAACCUGGAAGCGCAAAGCAGCCGGAGAGCAAACGAAAAGCAUUGAUCGUAAAAAAUGAUAAACGAACUGGAAAUAAGUAUCUUAGUGACAUUAAAGAAGAAGGAUAUUCUGUACUUAAGCAAGGCAUGAAAAAUCGACAAAUUUUUUCGACGCUGGCCAAUGAGACUUCUAGUCGAAGCCAUUGUAUAUUCAUGAUAAAAAUAAUAAAGAUACCAUGUGACAAAGAUACCGCCACGGAGUUGUCAUCAUCCUUUGUCGUAACGAGUCGGUUAUCAAUAGUUGACCUUGCGGGUUCAGAACGGACAAAACAUGUGCAAACAACAGGACAGUGUCUCGAAAUAUUACGAGCGAAUCAGUCACGACAAAAGGGUCAAAAACAUAUUUUGGUUCCUUACCGUCAUAGCAAAUUAACGGAACUAUUUCAGAGUUCAUUUGCUGAUGGUGAAUCGGUUAUGAUUGUUAAUAUUAAUCCAGUCGAUACAGGCUUUGAUGAGAAUAUGCAAGUUAUGAAAUUUUCAGCUGUGGCAAAAGAUGUUUGUACCUCGUUGAAAAAUAUUUCAAGCCACUAUGGAUAUAGAGGUACAUUGCUUUUUACACCAGUUAAGGUUGGAAAAGAAAAUAAAACAUGUGAGAAUAGCGAUUCAAGGUCUGAAGAAAAUUAUGAUGCGUUUAUUAACAUGCUUUUUACUCAUAUAGAAGACCUUCGUGAAAAAUGGAUAAGUGCCGAGACGCGCUGUGGUAAUUUGAAACUUGAAAUCAGAGAACAAGUCUCAGAUGAGCUAGCUGUUCACAUGUCAAAUAUUGGAAAGAAGUACAUGGACCAGGCAACAGAGUCUAUGGAAAGACAAAUGGAAAUUAUUCGUCGGGAUACGCCUUCCACAUUACAUAGUGGUGUUUCUUAUUACCGGUUCUCCAGUAAUUUAGUUGAUAAGCUACAAAAUGAAAUAGUGGAAUUAGAGAAUGAAGUCGACAAUCUGGAAAAUAAAUUAAAGAUCUGUGCUUCUUUGCUUAAUGAUAAAGACGCGCUUAUUGAAAAACUUCAGUUUGAAAACAAAGAAUUGGAAAGACAGGUUCUUUAUAUUGCGCAAAAACUUGACUAUGUUGAUAUUGAAACUGAAGACGAUUCCAACUUAACGGAUCAAGAAUUGAAUACAGUGAACAUUAAUGAACCUUCAGAAGAAACUAGUUUAAAGGAAGUUGAAAAUUAUAAUUAUAUUUCCCCGACAAAGCAAGAAUGUGAUGAUCGAGUAGGAAUAUCUUUAUUUGAAGAUAAUGAUCGGUUAUAUGAUAUUAUUGAAGAAUGUGAUGAAGAAGUGAAGAGUAACGUCAGUGACCUUUCAAUGGCUAUCUAUGAACCAGCACUACAUGAAGAACAAUUUGCUGACGUUCAAAUAGAUGCUGUUAUUGGGAGAAGUGAGGAGUAUAAAGUCGAGCAAAAUAAAUCAAUGGCUUUAGUUCUCUACCGGCCUGUGCUAACUAUAACGGAUAUCGAUAUGGAUUCAAAUAUUAGCACGCGAUCGUCAUUUGACACGGAAUGUCGAGCAGUCGAUAGUCAAAAGCGUACACUGGAUGAAAUUAAUUUUCAAAAAGGAGAGGAUCCACCUAGAAAGAAAAGAAAAUUGCGAAAUAAGAAGACUUAUUUCGAAACAGAAAUCGAAGAAAAUCUUAACAAG